UCCUCACUGAGCUUUGAGUUUGGUCAGGCUCAGGCCCAACUGGAAAUGCUUGAAGGUUGGCUGUAUCAACCCACAAGGAGGGCAGGCCCAGGAGACGAACGAAGGCAGCUAGUGGUUCCUCAAGUUCUGUGCAUGAAAAUGACCAGGCUGGGUCACCCAGUGCUCUGGUACCUUCAAAAAGAAGAAGAUGGACAUCUCCAGGAGGUGGGCUGGGUGUUCAGUACAGUCUGGUCUGCCUGUUUUCUUAAUCUUUCCUAAAUGUCCUAACCUCACCCCCAUUUCUGGAUCAUUUUGUAAGUUGGAUAACAUAGAUUACAUAUAGGUUUUAGAAACACACCCACAAGCAUCCUUUCUUCUGUUGGGAAUAUAAAGUCAAGCGGAAUAUAAAGGAAGGAGCAGUGGCGCUCCAGAUGAGACACAGCAGAUCUGGAAAACUCAGGAUGGCGAGAUGCUGGGUGUUCCUCCUGCUCCCUGGGACAGUCUCGGCCCUCUUUUACAUAAACAAGCCUCCCAUGGCUUUCGAAGAGGUCUCCAAGCUUGCCGUCCGGCAGUAUAACCUUGAGUCAGGCGCUGAGUUCCUCUUUCGAAAGGGAACCACUUACCACAGCAACCCAUGGGAUCCCAAAUCCUCGCAAAUCCAAAGUUUCUCCGUCACUAUCCAAGAGACAGUGUGCAAGGGGAAUCCUGAGGUGGCCGAUAUCGACAGGUGUGACUUCAAGCCCAAGGGGGUAACCAAAUCCUGCCUUGGAAGCUAUCAGUAUAUAUAUGGAGAGGUCAAGAAGGCCAAGAUAAUGAUUAUUUGUAAUAACAUAUGAUACAAGGCACAUCCCUGUACAGCUUGCGCAGAUGGACUUCUGGGUGAAGCCAAGGCCUGCAACAAGGGCCGAAUACUCACAGAUCCUUCCCACAGAUAUAGAAGACACUCCUUGUUGGGAAAGAAUCAGCUUCUGCUUGCUUAUUCCAUAGCUCUCCAACAAAUGCAUGAUUCAAUCAUUGAUAUACCUAUGAAAUACUAUAAAUCAAUACAAGGAAAUAAAAUCACAGCGUACAACCGU